AAUUACCAACAAUGGCAACUUUACAUACAAGAAAACCAGAUGUCUAUACCAAACCAGAAUGUCCAUUCUGUAAUAGAUAUAAAGAGACUAACAUACACGUAUUUUUAUGCUCAGAAAAAGGAAAAAAUCUCAAAAUUGCACAAAUCCUCGAUACGCAACCACACGAUAGAUUUGAAUUCAAUGAUCUUUUAAGAGGACUAAUUUCCAAAUCUUUGUACAGAAUAAUCCGAAACAAAGUAAAUUCAGCAGAAAGAGGUAAACAAAUGAUUAUGGAUAUUUUCGCGACAUGGAAAGAUAUCUUACGUAAUAAUUGGAAGAAAAGAU